AUGGAGAAGUUUGUGAACCUCAAGCAAGGGAGAAUAUGUGUCAAAGAAUAUGCCUUGAAGUUUUACCAAUUGUCAUGGUAUGCUCCUGAUUUAUUGGCUGACAGGUGGACUGGAAUUAGGAAGUUCACUUCUAGAUUGAAUCGGGAUCUAAUUUUAGAGACCAAGAUUGUCUUGCUAAAUAAGGAUAUGGACAUCUCUAGGUUGACUGUUCAUAUGCAGCAAGUGAAAGAUGUAAAGAGGAAGCAGGUGGAGAUUGGGGAUAGACAGGGUAAGAGGAGCAGGUUUUCUAACCAGGAGAUGCUCAGUCUUAGGGUGGCUGAGAUGGUGGCAAAAGGCAGAAAAAGAUGUGAAGGAGUUCUGGCAAGCGGAGGUCAAUCGAUAUCUUCAUGCCCUCCUUGUCAGUUUUGUGGUCAUCCUUAUUGGGGUUAUCGCGAUGAAGGAAGGGAUAAAUUCUUUAAGUUUGUCCAGGCAGGCCAUCAGCUAAGGGAUUGUUUGGUCAAUAAGGUUUCUAUGGGGGCGAAUAAGAUUCCUGUGGCUUCAUAUUAUACUUCUACACCUGGUGGUACGGUAUUUACUUCUAUUACUACUCUUGGUUCUAGUGUUAGUCGAAAUAGGUUGUAUGCUUUGGCAUCCUGA